GUGUUUUGAUCCUCGACGUACCCGUUUGGCAUCAUGAAGACGAUUGCGUUCGUUCUUCUUCUGGGCGUGGCCACAACCCUGGCCGGAGAUAUUAACGUGUCGAAGAAAAUCAAACGUGGUAUCCUAACCGGCCAGCACACCCUGGCGUCUGGAAGCCUAGAAGUUGGCAACGGACACGCCGACGUCCCAGUCGUGUCUUCUGGUGCAGCCAUCGGCGGUGGUUUCGGAGGAAUCAGCCUUCCGUCACCUCCCAUAGAAACGUCCGGACCUGGAGGCAUCAUCUCCGGGCCUGGAAGUCUCGCCUCCGGAAGUGUAGGCAUUUUAGGAGGCUUAGGUGGAGGUUCAGGUCUUAUUGGCGGAGCCGGUCUGGGUGGUGACGGUUUAGGUAACGCUCUAGGAGUCGGAGGAGGCGGCGGUUUGGGUGGUAUUGGACCUGGAGCAGUCGGAGGUCCAGAUAUCCACGCCAAUGAGCCCCAUUAUCAUCUCGGCCACGCCGUCCAGCGACACGUUACUGUUCUACAUAGGAUCGGAAUCCCUGUACCACGUCCGUACCAAGUACCCGUGGAGAGAAGGGUUACGAUAAGGGUUCCUCAGCCUGUGGAUGUCCCGGUUGAUCGUCCAUACCCGGUCCACGUACCCAGACCGUACGAAGUGAAAGUAUUCAAAGACGUUCCGGUGCGAGUCGACAAACCGGUUCCGGUACCAGUUAAGGUACCAGUAGAAAUAAAAGUACCAGCCCCUUACAAAGUGGAGGAACCGGUGCCAGUGCCGGUGCAUAUAGUCAAGAAGGUGCCCGUUCCGGUACCACAUCCGAUCAUCAUAAAAGAAAAAGUACCCGUGGCGAUCCACACGCACAUAGAACCGGUACACUUACACCACCAACAAGUUGAGCACGUACAUCAUCACGGCCAUCACGGCCACCACAUCGACUUGCCCCACCCCUGUCAUCAAUGCACCAACGAACGUGAAACGCAAGGCAGGAAUAUCUCUCAAUGCAUAAUAGCAAAUAACAAUCGAUUCUGGCGCCCUCCGAGUGCCAAUAGCAAAACCGACCAGGAAACCAUAGAAAAACCUGCGUUUAGCCGGUUCGUUGUCGACGAAUCAUGGAAUAUCAAACACAGAUGUCACCGAAUACCGUUGCUUCUUCACGGCCUUUUAAACGAUUGCGAGAUGAAAUUUUUGGUUUGUUGUUUGCUGCUGGCUUCGACGGCAAUGGGUGCCGAGGACGCCUCGAAGAAGAAGCGAGGCCUCUUCGAGCUGGGUGACUUUGGGGGCCACGGAGGCAGUUUAUCAUUCGGCGGAGGCGGCGGACACGGCGGUGCAGGUCUUUCCGUAGGAGGUGGAGACCACGGAGGCUUUGGAGGCGGCCUCGGUGGAGGACUUGGCGGCGGUUUCGGAGGCGACGACGGUAAAAUCACCCACAUAACCUUACACAAACAAGUUCAUGUACCGCAUCCGGUACCGGUACCUGUCAAAGUGGAAAAAACGGUACCGUAUCCAGUCAAAGUACCCGUGGCCGUCAAAGUAGACAAACCUUAUCCCGUACCAGUAGCCAAGCCGUACCCGGUACCCGUAGAAAAGCCGUACCCUGUCAAAGUAUACAAAGACGUCCCGGUGCCCGUAAAGGUACCGUACAAGGUACCCGUUUCGGUAAAAGUACCUGUUCACAUACCCAAACCGUACCCAGUACCCGUACACAAGCCGGUGCCGGUUCACGUACCCGAAAUUAACGUGGUCAAGAAGCCGGUACCAGUUAUCGUCCACGGAGGACACGGGGAAGGUUUUGGAAGCGGUUUGGGUGGAGGUCAUGAUUUCGGAGGUGGAUUCGGAGGCGAUUUCGGAGGAAGUCACGACUUGGGUGGUGGAUUCGGGAGCGGUAUCGAGUUGGGAGGUCACGAAAGCAUUUCCGGAGGGUUCGGGGGCGGGUACGGCCAUUAAGCAGUGGCGACGGGUCCAAUAGAAUAGCCUUGACCCAGGACGCAGGGAGUUUUCUAUUCGGAUCCGAGUGUUGCCAAAAAUUUCAGCAUUUUCGUGAGCUUAUAAUUUUAACCUGUGAUAGAUGUAAAUUUUUCGCAUUUUUUGUCAA